UUGGGAGCCUUAAUUUACGAAAGUUAUCAAAUAUACCGGCAUUGUAUAAAAUAUUUUCACAGAUCAUUUUGCAAAACAAAGGAAUCACAUUUCGUCCCGCCAUUUUUCUACUUGCUCACAUGGCCAAGUCGUAGGAGAUUAAUUCAUUCGCAAUCAUCCUUUCUCGUGGUUAACUUUAAUUUCCUAUUAUUCAAGAAAUCUAUCAAUUAUUAGUAAAGUUGAUGCGCACAUGGUUAUUGAAGCCAACCGAUUACUAUUUGACCAAAUCAACAAUCAGAAUGUCAGAACCAGUAAAUUGGACUGAUAUCAAAAAAUCUUUCGGGCCUUUGAUUGCCAGUCAUUUGGAAGUAAAUAAUCAUAUUCCAGAGAAGUCUAAAUGUGGGGCGUAUAUUUUGCCGAAGAACAACAAGUUCAUUCUCGAUGAAUGGGGCAAAUUUGAAAAAGGCGCUCAAAAAGUGUCCAACGACAACCGUCAAACAUCUGAGGACUUUUCGUUCUUACCUGAAGCCCAUGAUUUGGACAAGACGGACAACUUUGCUUUAUUUGAUGACUUCAGACGUUUAACAAUGUAUGAAGAGUCAAGCGAACCUGCACCAGAACAGACACCUUCUAAACCAAGCCCUCUGGACGACAUACUAGGUCCCAAUGCUAAUCCUCCAAGAACCCUUGAUGAGGCUGAAAACAGGCAAUCAAUUGCUUGCUUACUUGAGAAAGACCUUCACCAAAGAAAUUAUCGUUUUCAUGAAAACUUUUGUGCGAGACCUAAAGAUCCGAGUUUGUUUAAGGAUCUUAUAGAGCCAGAUCUCUUUAUAUAUCCAAGUUAUGGUCCACACAUAAAAGUAAUUCAUGAUAGUUUUAUUAAAAAACACUUGCAUUUCCAUUACAAGAUUGUACUAGACAAGAUUCCUCAAGAUAAGUCUCUUUUUAAAGGAGAAUUGUCUAAAAAGCAAAUCCGUUACUUUUUUUCUCAAGUAGUUUAUCACGUUGUCCCUAACUCAUUGUUCAGCAGCCGUAAAAAUAUCAAAAAUGUCAAAGCAGAAUUGAAUCGUUACUUGGAAGGCGUUAAAACAAAAUCGUUUACUAUUCAACCGCUCGUAAACAAAUUAGACGUUAAUUCUUUAGAGUGGUUGUCCCAAGUGGGAUCUAAAACGGACAAAGUCCUGGUGUUGUGUCGCACAUUGGAUUGGUUCUUCUCUACAUUCAUCUGGAAUAUUAUCGACACUCAUUUUUACGUUGAAGAUAAUAAAAUUCGUAAGAAAGUUAUUUAUUUUCGCCGAUGGGUAAAGGGAUCAGUUAUCCUGAACUAUGUUAAUGAUCAAGUAACUCAAAAAGCUUAUGAGCCAAUCCAGAACAAAGAUGUUGCGGAAGAUGAUGGAAUAAUACCUAUUGCUAGUCUAGAUAUUCAGUCCAAUAAAGAUAGUGUGCGACCUGUGCUAUCAGCUUCAUCUAGUGAGAGCCAGAAAGUUGCUGGUAAAAAAAUUCAUCUCUUACUGAAACAACUUUAUUCAAAAAACAAUGAGAUGAUAAACAAACAUACACUUGAAAAAAUCUGGAGGUCUGUGUGCGCAACUCGAGAACUCGAUAAGACCAAACCAGUUUACUUUGUUUCCUGUAAUAUCAAUGAUGCUUUUGGUUCAAUUAAUCAAGACAAAUUGCUGGGCAUUGUCUUUAGAUUAAUAAAUGAAUUACCAGAUCAAAUUCCUACUCAGUGGUUCGCAAUAAUAGAUUCAAAAAAUAUUUCAAAACGAAAUUACACAGAAAAAGAGUUUAUAUCUCCGGAAAUUCUACCGCCAAUUUUACCUCGAGGUACUCUGUGUUGUCCUACAACUGCAACAGGUAAACCUUGUACAGUUAUUGGUAAAAAAAUUUUGAAGGCAUACAUCAAAACUGCUGUGUUGGAACAAAAGAUUCGGCUUGGAAGAGCCCGAAAUUUCAGUUUAAAAAAAGGAAUCGGUCGCGGUUUACCAAUGUCGCGAACUCUUUGUGACUUUUAUUACAGUGAUAUGGUUGCAAAAGAAUUUUCCAAGUUCACUGAAUCUGGUCAUUUACUUCGUUACAUUGAUGACUUUCUGUAUGUAACUGAAAAUAAAGAGCGAGCACAAGAAUUUUUAGAUAAAAUAACAGCUGGUAUCGAAAGCUACAAUUGCUCAUUCAACCCCGAAAAUACCAAGACAAAUUUGCCGCCUUACAAUAAUGAGGAGUUUUGUUACUUGGGAUAUAAUUUAAAUAUUGAAACUUUGAAUGUUACACCUGAUUACUCUAACAUAUCAUUGCAGUACAACAUGUCGAAGAGUAAAUCCCAGACUGAUGCAGCAGACGAAGUAUUUGUUGCAAAGAUUUCAAGUUAUACUUGGUUAAAAUUAUCCGAAAUGGUACUGAACCCUUGUAUAAAUUCCAAACAAGCCGUCGUUGAUAGUUUGAAAAAUGCCGCACGUCUGUCUGCGGAAAAAUGUUACCUUCUUCUACUCAAUACCUACGACAUAGAAAAUUUAAACAAAGAAUCUGCAUUUAAAAUUUUCAGCGACAUAAAGAAACACUCCGUCAUGCCUGUAUUGCAGAAAUGCAAAAUUUCGUUAGCAAGACGUCGUCGUAAAUUUAAAAUAAAAUUAGGAGAGUUGAAAUUUAUCUUCUGGGAUGCAUAUUUGAAGAAGUUCCAAAAAAAUGCAGUAGUAUACAAAAAAUUUUCGACACUUAUCAAAAGCCAGUUUAGAUCAAAAUUAUCUACAUUACUUUCAAACUAAUUUUUCUUAUCACUUCUGUUUAAAAUAAAAAUAAAGAUAUCGAUCUGUUUCAAGUUUUCUUUUCAUAAAUAAAAAUCUUUCAAUAAAUA